GCGCAUGCGCAGUGUUGCAAAUAAACAAUAUGGCGGCGUCCAUACAGCGCCUCACGUCAGCUGGGAGAUGUCUUCUCCAAAGACAUUUAGUGAAGCCAGGCUACCUAAACGGGCUUCCCGUUGGACCGCAGCGACUGUUGGCUACCCCCGCUGCUCAGCAGGUGGCGCUAAAUGUCCCUGAAACUAAAGUGACCACGUUAGAGAAUGGUCUCCGGGUGGCUUCAGAGGAUUCUGGUCUUACAACCUGCACUGUGGGCUUAUGGAUAGAUGCUGGCAGUCGCUAUGAGAAUGAGAGGAAUAACGGCACAGCACACUUUCUGGAACACAUGGCAUUUAAGGGUACAAGGAAACGCUCUCAGUUGGACCUGGAGCUGGAGAUCGAGAACAUGGGCGCCCAUCUGAACGCCUACACAUCCCGGGAGCAGACGGUGUACUACGCCAAAGCUUUCUCCAAGGAUCUUCCACGAGCUGUUGAGAUCCUGGCUGACAUCAUCCAGAACAGCACGCUCGGUGAAGCAGAGAUCGAGAGGGAGCGCGGUGUGAUCCUGAGGGAGAUGCAGGAAGUGGAGACCAACCUGCAGGAAGUGGUGUUUGAUUACCUGCAUGCCACGGCGUACCAGUCCACAGCGCUGGGCAGGACCAUCCUGGGUCCGACUGAGAACAUCAAGACGAUCAACAGAGGAGACCUGGUGGAGUACAUCACCACCCACUACAAAGGACCUAGGAUAGUGCUGGCUGCGGCUGGAGGUGUUUGCCACCAGGAGCUCAUUAGUUUGGCCAAAUAUCACUUUGGAAAACUUCCCAGCCGGGAUCAAGGUGGAGCCCCAGCUCUUCCUCCAUGUCACUUUACAGGAAGUGAGAUCCGAGUGCGCGAUGAUAAAAUGCCUCUCGCUCACAUCGCCAUCGCCGUGGAAGCAGUUGGAUGGUCUCACCCAGACACCCUCCCUCUGAUGGUGGCCAACACCCUGAUUGGAAACUGGGAUCGCUCGUUUAGUGGAGGCGUGAAUCUAUCCAGUAAACUGGCCCAGAUGGCCUGUCAGGGAAACCUGUGCCACAGCUUCCAGUCCUUCAACACCUGCUACACAGACACAGGCCUGUGGGGGCUUUACAUGGUGUGUGAGCCAGGCACCAUCGGCGACAUGAUGCACUUCACUCAGAUGGAAUGGAUGUCUCUUUGUACCAGUGUGACGGAAAGCGAGGUCGCUCGGGCCAAGAACCUGCUAAAGACAAACAUGCUGCUACACCUGGACGGGUCCACCCCUAUCUGUGAAGACAUCGGCAGACAGAUGCUGUGCUAUAGCCGCAGGAUUCCUCUGCACGAGCUGGAGGCCCGGAUCGACGCCAUUGAUGCCAACACCAUAAAGGAGGUCUGCACCAAAUACAUCUACAACAGGGCUCCUGCUAUAGCAGCUGUUGGUCCUAUAGAACAGCUGCCAGACUACAACCAGAUCCGCAGUGGGAUGUUCUGGAUGAGAAGCUGAGGAAACAUGGACUGCACAGAAACAUAUUUACGUUUUGGCUCUAGUUUUUUUUUUUUAUUAUAAAAUAGUGAAUAACACAAUAACAUAAAAUAACACAGAUUCUAUCAUUAUUUAUGGUUGGUGUCAUUUUUUAUUCUUGGCUGCCACUUGUUCCUGAGCAGCUUUCUUGGCUU